AUGAGCCCACCUAGCCUAUCAGCGGCGGGCGACCUCGACGUCCACGGUGACAUGGCAUCAACGCCUCCACCACCGUCAUCAACGUCGUACCAUACCAACGACGUCGCCUCCACUACCUCCGUCACGCUCACUAAAGAGCAAUUCGACGAGCUGAUCAGGAACCAGCGCCCCGCACGGGACGACGACGCAUUCUCCAUGCGUCAGCGCCUACCCCCAGCCAACCCUCCGGUCUUCCCCGACGACUCGAAACUUACGGAGGACAAUUACGUUGACUGGGUCCCCACGAUGCCGCCAUGCCCGCCCUCUUGGGCUGGAUUCAACGCUCGGACGAAUCGAGCGACGGUCCCCGUUGCGAAGGCGGUCGUACCGACCAAACGCUCUGCACCAGGCAAGAAGGGAAAAUGGGAUCGUUCUGGUCCUGCCCCGAGCAACUGCCCAGCUUGUGGUCAAGGCAAACACUGGCUCGAUAAGUGUCCGGAAUCGCGCAAGCGAGCCAAGUACCUCGAGCUCAAGAACGCCAUGAAGGAACUCCAAGGCUCAUCAUCGCCUGCGUCCACGUUCGUGGCCACCGAGGCAGCAUCCAAGGAUCAACACCUGUCCGUCGUUUCUUCUGCUACGUUUGUCAACAUCGGGCCACCGGCGGAAAUCCUUCUGCUAGACUCGGCGUCGGCGUGCCACGUCGUCAACGAUGCGUCCUUCUUUGACGGCCCCCUUUCACCUACCCCGCAAGUCCUGCAAGGUCUAGGGGGAACGGUGAAGGCCUCGGGAAUCGGCUCGGUCAAGCUCGUCUCCGAUAAUGGUACCAGGUUCACCCUCAACGACGUGAUCUACGCCCCCGAGAGCCCUGCCAACCUCAUCUCAGUCCGGGCCUUCGACCGCAAAGGCGUUCGCAUCACCUUCGAACACGGACAAGUCGAGCUCCGCACGCCGCAAGGGUGCAUCGCCACAGCAUCAGCCAUCGCGUCCUGCGUUUACAAACUCAACGCUUCGGUCCAAGCUGCCAGCAAAGAUGCGCGACACACGCUCGUUGCCACCAAGUCCAAUAGGCUACCUUUACUUACCCUUCACCGGCGCUACGGCCACGCCUCUGUCCAGACACUUAAAAAACUGGCGGCCUCUGGCCAGGUGGAGGGUUUAGAUUGGCCCUAUAGUGACUUCGAGUGUGAUGGCUUCACCUGCAACGCGUGCCUUGCCUCCAAAGCGCAUCGUUUGCCUUUCCCCUCUUCGUCGUCGCAUGCCGCGGAACCACUCGCAUUGGUGCACUCGGACGUCUUAUCUUUCCCCGAGGAAUCCUUAGGCCAUAAGCGAUACCUCGUCACGUUCAUCGACGACUUCUCGAGGAAGACUUGGGUUUACCCCAUCGGGCACAAGAGCGAGGUCCUUCAGACAUUCAAGGAUUGGCUUCUGGAGAUCGAAAACGCCACGGGUCGCAGGGUCAAAACACUUCGCUCGGACAACGGGGGCAAGUAUGUCUCUACCGCUUUCAACGGCUAUUGCGUGGCCCGCGGGAUUCAUCGCGAAUUGACCAUACCGUACACACCCGAGCAAAACGGUCGGGCUGAGCGAGCCAACCGGUCGAUCGUCGAGGGCACCCUGGCUCUACUGUCUCACUCGGGACUCCCACGAUCGUGCUGGGACGAGGCUGCAAUGUGUUACAUUCACGCCAAGAACCUCUCGCCUCACGCGGCCCUUGGUGGAGCCAUCCCAAACAAUCGUUGGUCGGGCCACACACCAAGCGUAGGGGGUCUUCGGGCAUUCGGUUGUCGCGCUUGGACCACCGUGCCGGCUCACCGACGGGACAAGCUCGACCCAAAAGGGAUUCCUCUGGUCUUCGUCGGGUACGAUCGACACGCGAAAGCCUACCGUCUUCUCGAUCCUUCCUCCAUGCGUGUGAGUCUGGGCCGCAAUGUGACGUUCGUAGAAACCGAGUUCCCCUUCGCUAUCGCGCCCACCCGAGUGACGCAGCCGUCCAUCCCGGGUUACGCCCCCAGCCCCCACCCGUCGAAGCUCCAACACCCGUCGAGCCUCCCCCACGGCCACCGGCCCCAACGCCUGUCGAGGCACCCGCGUCGCCCGCAUCGACCAGCUCGGCCGACAACGACGACGCCUCAUCGACCACGAGCGCAACGACGGAGUCAGCCGUGAACCUGCCGCAACCACCUCCGGAUCCAGCUCCACUCGCCAAAGUCAAGCCGAGUUGGGAGUACGGCGACGUCGCCAAGGUUGGUCCCGAUCCAGGGAAGUACGGUGAAGUCGACGCUCGAAACAUCAUUGAUGGCCCCCGGACUCGCCGCCAACCCGUUCCCACCAUGAUCACGCGGGAACAGCCAGUCGACGGCACCGACGGACCCACCGCCUCUUUCAAGAGCCUGCUCCUUGCCUUCGCAUCCACCAAGGCCGGCUUCGCAGAUCAUGACUUGUCGGUUGUUCGCGAUCCGGCAAAUUGGGGCGACGUCAUCCGAUCGGGACAAGAGGACGUUUGGGGCGCUCCGGCACAGGAUGAAUUCGAUUCGCUUCUGAACGAUUACGAGGUCUUUCAAAUCGUCGAAUCCUGUGAGCUCCCAGCGGGUGAGAUCCUCCUGCGGUCGGGCUGGGUGUUCCGGACUAAACGCAACCAGCAUGGCGACAUCACCGAUCACAAGGCCCGACUUGUUGCUCACGGAUGUGCCCAACGCCCUGGCCUUGACUUCGAGAAGACCUACGCCCCUGUCGUCAAAUUCAUGUCCAUUCGAGCCCUCAUCGCACUCGCCGCGGCCAACGGCUAUCACGUCCAUCAGGCCGACGUCAACAAGGCGUAUUUACACGGCAAACUUGACAAGCCUCUCUACAUGCGCGUCCCUCAGGGCAUAAACCUGCCAGGCAAGAUCCUCAAGCUGUCCAAAUCCAUCUACGGCCAUCGCCAGGCCGGCACCAUCUGGAACGCUGAGAUCGACUCGACUCUGCGGUCCCUCGGAUACGUCCCCACCAGGUCUGACAUCUGUAUCUACCGCCGCGAACACGACGGGCACUCACACUAUAUUGCCUUGUACGUCGACGACUUGCUUUUGGUUGGUCCCUCUACCGCCGAAAUCGAGCGGGUGCUGGACGCGCUGGAACUCGCAUACGGCAUCAAACGUCUCGGACCUGCCGAAUAUAUUCUAGGCAUCCAAGUCAAACGUGGACAAGACGGCUCUAUCACGCUCUCACAAGAGCGCUACCUUCGGGACAUCCUUGCCAGGUUCCAAUUCACCGAUGCCAAGCCGGCAAGUAUUCCAAUGCAGCCAGGUGUCGUCCUUGACUUCGAGGACUUGGCGGCCACUCCUCAGGAUCGUACGCGCUACUUGCAGGCCAUCGGUUCGUUGAUGUACGCCGCAGUUGGAACUCGUCCGGACCUCGCCUUCGUGGUCAGCUACCUCGCUCGCUUCUCCCAGCAGCCUGACCCGGAGCAUUGGACAGCCAUCAAGCAGGUCCUCCGUUACAUCAAAGGCACGCUGGACUUGGGCCUCACCUAUCGCAAGACCAGCCAACCACUCCAUGGCUACUCGGAUGCGAACUGGGGAGCCUGUCUAACGACCUCACGAUCGACCAUGGGCUACGCGUUCAUCUUGUCCGGAGCCACUAUUGCUUGGUGCUCCAAACGCGAGCACAGGGUGGCCAAGUCCACUACCGACGCAGAGUACCUCUCUCUUUCGUACACAAGCGGUGAUGCCAUCCACCUGAGCGAACUCCUGGCUGAACUUGGCGCUCCGGUCUCCGGUCCAGUCGUACUCUACGGGGACAACCAAGGUUCGCUGGCUCUUGCGCAGCACCCGACCAACCAUCAGGGGUCUCGUCAUGUUCGCAUCUCGGAACAUUACGUCCGCGAGAGGGUAGCUGAGAAGGAGAUCGAGGUCCCGCUACAUCGCCACCGGCGACAUGAUUGCCGAUAUUUUCACCAAAGCCUUGGGUCCCAAGCCGUUCAUCUUCCAUCGGGAGAAUUUGGGUUUGCGAGGUGCAGUGGUAUGACAGCACGGGGGGGGUGUCAAUAUAUUGCUGUUUCAUCCCACUGGUAUUCCCGAUUAUGAUUAGUUACUAGUUGUUGAUAUUAGUCGCCCCGCGCGUCUCGAGCCUGCCUCGCGCGCGCUCCCUUAGCGCUUAUCUUCUUUCUCCAACUAUCUUUACUAUCUUCAUCGGCUCUCGUACUUACGCACUUCGUGCCUCGGCCUCAGGUUAG